AUGAUCAAGUUUGAGAAAACCCAUCUGAAGAAAACGCAUCAGGAAGAAAAGAAGAAAACAGUUGCUUUCAAGACUACUAAUGAAGGACAUGAAAAUGAUAUUGAUGAUGAUCCAGAAGUUCUUGAAGAAGAAAUUGCCAUGACUGAUGAAGAUGCAUCAGACGAUGAAUGCAAGGAAGACACUGAAAAACGUUUCAUGGAACGAGGUGAAGCAAGCAAGGUAAGACCCUAUAACUGUGAUAGAUGUAAUGAAUUGCGGGAUAUACUUGAUCUUACCCUAAAGAAGUCUCAAAAAAUGUUGAAUGAAUUAAAGAGACUCAAUAGAGAAAAGAAGGACUGGGAACUUAAGCUUGAAGUCUGUGAAAUAGAAAGAGAUGUGCUUCAAGAUGAGGUUCAGAAAUUGCAAGUGCAACUGAAUGGCAUGCGCAAAUCCACCUGUCACAGUUCUAUCAAGUCUAACCAGGCGACUUACAUGUCAACUGGAAAAGGACAAGUUAGAACUGAGUCCACAAAUUUCGUAAAUCCAAUGUUUCAGCAUGGAUAUAAAAACCCAAAAACAACCCUGAUUCCAGUAGAACUAACCAAUAAGGACCCAAGAAAGCUUGAGUAUCUAAAAGAAGAAAGUGGGAUAUUCAUCUGUCAAGCCAAGUAUACGAAGGAAUUGAUUCAAAAGUUUGAAAUGAGCAAUGCCAAAUUAAUUGGAACUCCUAUGAGUCCCUUUACAAGUUUAGACAAGGAUGAACAGGGAAAAUCAGUAGAUGAAACAAAGUAUCGUGGAAUGAUUGGAUCUUUAUUAUAUUUAAUUGUUUCAUCAGCUCCUAAGGAGUCACACUUAACAGAAGUAAAGAGAAUAAUUCACUAUCUCAUUGGAACCACCUCUUACGGACUUUGGUAUCCACGCUCUAACAAUUUUAAACUUAAAGGAUUUUUAGAUGUCGAUCUUAGUGACACUUGUCAAUUACUGGAAAAGGCAUUAAUCUCCUGGAACAGUAAAAAACAUGGAUUAGUAGCUCUUUCCGCAACUGAAGCAGAGUACAUUGCAAUUGGACAAUGA